AAGGAGAUGAUGAGCAACUCCAUAGGCGCUGAUUGGGGGCGUUACCCUCAUCUUUAUCGGACACGCCUGUUUCCUUUCGAGUUGAGUUCACUCGUGUUCGGUUACCGGAGACCAUCAAAAGUGAUCCCUCUGGGAAGGAUAGAACGAAAGACCGCAAAUCCCUCCGAAUAGAUAGAGAACAAGAGAAACGAAGCCUCGUGUAGGUUGAGGUUCUGACUAUUCUACAGGACUUCCUUUAUCUUCUCAAGACAGUUCUCACGCGCUCUUUUAUCUGAUAACUGAGAUUUACUGAAGGAAAUAAAGCAGUAUUACUGAUUAUUUAACUUUGGUUUGUUGUCAUUUUCCACUUAUUUUGGUAAUGUUAACAUGGUUCCUAUGCUAAUAAAGUAUAUUUUAAUAUAAUUUAAUGAAAACUUUUGGUGGUUGUUUGACAACAUCGGUGACUCGUAUCGUUUUUAAGUGAUGUUUCGCAGCUUUUUUGUCUGGGAGCGCUUCUUUAACAAAAAUACACCCAGCCAGCGCCUCGUCCUCUGCGCUCCUAAUCUUCGUCGUUUUCACGUGGUGGUCCAGUAUGGCUUUUCUCUAGAGUUUUGACGCACAGCUUAAUCACCCCUGGAUGUUGACAACUCACCAGCCGAAUCAAUACUAUAAUUUUUCUCCCUAAUAUCUCAGAAAUAUAGCCGCGCUAGUUGCGACCUACAACCAUCUGUCUCUGAGACUCACAAGCCCCGGGAAAGGCAAGAAGGGAAAAAAUCGAGAGAGAGGAAUAGGCAGUGACGAGAGGAGAACUGUGUUUUGAUGUUUGGGAUCCAGAACAACAUCCAAAGGAGCGGGAGUGUUAUGAAAGAAGAGCCUAUGGUGGCUGGGAUGAACGCAGUGCGGAGCUGGAUGCAGGGCGCGGGGGUGCUGGACGCCAAUACAGCCGCCCAGAGUGGAGUGGCUCUGGCCCGGGCACACUUCGAGAAACAGCCUCCCUCCAACCUCCGCAAGUCCAACUUCUUCCACUUCGUGUUGGCUCUUUACGACAGACAGGGACAGCCGGUGGAGAUAGAGAGAACCACCUUCGUUGGCUUUGUUGAGAAGGAAAAGGAAACAUCAGGGGAAAAGACCAACAAUGGGAUACAUUAUAGACUACAGCUUCUAUACAGCAAUGGUAUUAGGACAGAACAGGACUUUUACGUGCGUCUCAUCGAUUCCAUGACCAAACAGGCAAUCAUCUAUGAGGGACAGGAUAAGAACCCAGAGAUGUGUCGGGUUCUACUGACUCACGAGAUCAUGUGCAGUCGGUGUUGCGAUAAGAAGAGUUGCGGGAACAGGAAUGAGACGCCGUCUGAUCCAGUCAUCAUUGACAGGUUCUUCCUCAAGUUCUUCCUGAAGUGCAACCAGAACUGCCUGAAAAACGCAGGGAACCCACGCGAUAUGAGACGCUUCCAGGUGGUGGUAUCUACCACGGUGAGUGUGGACGGUCACGUCCUCUCAGUCUCUGACAACAUGUUUGUCCACAACAACUCUAAACAUGGCCGCCGGGCCAGGAGACUAGACCCCUCAGAAGGAACACCUUCAUACCUGGAGCAUGCGACCCCCUGCAUCAAGGCCAUCAGCCCCAGUGAGGGCUGGACCACAGGAGGGGCCACAGUGAUUAUCAUAGGAGACAACUUCUUCGACGGCCUCCAGGUCAUCUUCGGCAACAUGCUGGUCUGGAGUGAGUUGAUCACAGCCCACGCCAUCCGGGUGCAGACUCCGCCCAGACACAUCCCCGGGGUCGUGGAGGUCACGCUGUCAUACAAGUCUAAACAAUUCUGCAAGGGCACGCCGGGUCGCUUCAUAUACACAGCUUUGAAUGAGCCCACUAUAGACUAUGGCUUCCAGAGGUUACAGAAGGUUAUUCCUAGACAUCCAGGAGACCAAGAGAGACUACCUAAGGAAGUGAUUCUGAAGAGGGCUGCAGACCUUGUCGAAGCUUUGUAUGGGAUGCCACACAACAACCAGGAAAUGAUUCUAAAGCGGGCCGCAGAUAUUGCGGAAGCGUUGUAUACAACGGUGCCGCGGGGGCACAACCAGCUGACCGGCUUGGGCACUGGUUCCGUCCACACUGGCAUGAUGGCUGUGAACUCCUUCCCUGGGUCAGAGGUCGCACAGACAGCCAAUCAGGGUUACAAUAGGAGUAGCAGCAAUGUAUCUCCUCAUAGUUAUGUUCCCAGCACCACUCCUCAGCAGACCAGCUACAGCUCUGUGUCCACUAGCAUGAAUGGCUACACUAAUUCUGGCAUGACCACCCUCGGCACUUCGCCCAACUUCCUCAACGGUUCGGCCACCAACUCACCCUACGCUAUUGUUCCCUCCAGUCCUACUAUGACGUCGUCCACCAGUCUGCCCUCCAACUGCAGUAGCUCCUCAGGCAUCUUCUCUUUCUCUCCCGCUAACAUGGUGUCUGCUGCAGUCAAACAGAAGAGUGCUUUUGCUCCCGUUGUACGCCCACAGACGUCCCCUCCACUCACCUGCACUAGCACUAAUGGACUACAAGUAGAUCCGUCUUUUGUGGACUCUAGCAAGUACUCCUCCUCCAGCUCUCUUCAGGGUUUGGCCUUCUCCUGAAUGAUUCCAGGGAUGAUACUUGCAUCCAUGUAGACGAUCUGGGAACAUUGAGGAGUUGAGAAUGUUGACAUGGACACAGCAUGUCUUUAUUUUUCUAAUCCAGACCUGAUUAUAACUCAAAAUGGAAGCAUUAUCAAACUCAGGCCUUUGUUAACAUGACUCUCAGUCGAUGGAUAAGGGAAGAAAUUCAUCAUUUUAAACGUUAGGUCAUUUCCUUCUGGGAACUGUUUCAGACAAACCUUGGCUUGGAGUACACUGAUAUUGAAGUUAUUUGAAAAGUAUUAAACUGAUGAUGAACUUUAAGCUAUCCAAUUGACUGUCCCUGCACCACAAAGGCAAUAUGGAUGAUAUCAUGAAAUAAGCAUUUAUUGAUGUUUAAUAAGUAUUUAUAGUGAAAUGUUUUGGUUUGUUCUAUUGUAUGCCUUCUUGUAGACCGUAACACAUUAAAAACACUAAAGCUGAUUGGCUAAACCAGUAGACAGCACAAAUAAAAUUGGAUGGUCAUUAAAAAGGGUUGCAACAAAGCCAACUGCUAUGCCAUAUCGGCCAUACAUUUGACAUUUAAGUAUUCAAGAAAAACUAAAGUAUUUGCAAAGGUCUUUGCUGCUUUCCACAUAGAUUCAUAGAUUUGCAAUGCCCUUUUAGUUUCACAGUUCUUUUUUUAGAAAUGAUUAUCACUUGUGAAACAUUUUUAUUUUGUUGUUUGAUUGUUUUUUUUAACAAAAAGAAAAAAAUCUGUGAUAAUAGUAAUUGACAUGUUCUUCAGCUUGCCAUGUUCAUUCUGAAGUUUUGUUCAAUGAGAAUAAAGGAAUAUUGUGUCUGAUAUGAAGAUUAUUUUUGGUUAACCUUUGGGUUAAUUAUGAAGUAAAGUAUUUAAAUGGGCUAUUUAUUCCCUAUAUAAUGCACAGCUUCAACCCCUUUGAGCCCUGGUCAAAAGGAUUCAUCCCAUCACUUUUUGGGAUACAUUGGGGGGAAAUGUCAGUGUUUAAAGUUCUUCAUGAAUGCCUUAACAGAGUACAAUCCUGUCAGAAAUGAUUUCAUGUGGAUGCUAUACCAAGUGUGAAAAAACAAGCAUCCACAUUCAUGAAACUGUAACAAUCUACCCCAAAUAACAGAAGAUGAAGAGUUAAAUUGUUGCUGAGAAGGACUAGGCUUAGAGAUUGCAAACGAGAAAAGGGCUUUCUCAUUUACCAGAUUCUUUUGUAGUCUAAACAUUCGAAAUUUCACCAACUUGAAAGUUGAUUAGAACAGGACAAAUAUUAUCCCCUUUGUAUUCCCCUACUUUUAUGUCUCUAGCCAGGACAAUAGGUAAUAGCUCUGAGAGAAAAAAAAAUCUCUGAGCCGAGCAUCAGUAACAGAAAAUAGAACCCAGCGUAUUUUUCCAGCUUGACUCUGUGGAAAGAUAAAACACAAUGCUGGGAAUGUAAUUGCUUUCAAUUAUGGCCCAGUGUAUCUCCAGUCUGAGACCCAGCAGAUUCCAAAUGAAAGUACUUUGUUAUACAUUUCUAUGUAUAAAUAAAAAAAAAACACCAAAUUCUCACUUUAAAAUAUAAUGAAGAUGUGUCAAAAUGCAGCUUUUGAAACAGAUUUUAAUUUCUCUGCAAUGUCAAGCUUUCAUCAUCUACACUUGAAUGGGAAGCAUCAAUUUGGAUACCAAAAUGAUAAUUGCAUAAGAGUAUCAUAAAAAUCAUGUGUUUAGCUUUUUCAUUUGUCCAUUGUACGUUGGUCCUUUAUCCUAAUUCUAUUUGGUUAUAUGUGUGUGGAAAUCGUUUAAAUUUAAUAUCACAUUUUAUUUGUGAUGUAUUGUCAAGCUGUGCUUCCAUUAGAGAUUUUUCUAUUUUUGUAUAAUUUCCUAAUACAACACUGUUCUUGCCCUGAUUUGUAAAUGUGUUUUUAUAUGUCUGAAUCAGCAACUUAUUGUAAGAGUGGUUGGUUUAGAUUCUCACCAGCUAUCAUUUCCUCAUCUAGACUCAAACGUCAGUUCAUGCUGUAGAGCCCUGAAAACUACUAUACAUUAUUUACACCCACUCAGACACUCUCAGACACUUCACCAGUCAUCUCUUUCUUCCUUUUACUCGCCUCCCCUCUUCUCCCUCUCUUCCUGAACUGCCCUCACUCCCCCCAGCUGACCGAUCAAGCUUCAAAGGGAGAUUUCAUCUCAUGAACAAUCUCUGUAGUGUUUUCUCUUCCUCUCCAUCCACCCGCUGUGAGUCUUCAAGCUGUUGCUUGAUAGAGAAUAGGGCUUUUUCCCUUCUGGAGAGUUUUGUUUAGUCUUUAGAAAAUGCCAGAUUUAGCAGAAGCCUGGCUGUUGAUAGACGUACGGCUAUAUCCCACACCACCCCUAUUCACUAAAUAGCAUGCUACUUUUGACCAUAGCCCUACUAUUGGGGCCUAGUCUGAAGUUGUGCACUAAAUGGUUUUGGCUGCCAUUUGGGACGUAUGCUUCCUGUUGAUUGACAUGUGUGGUCCGGCAUUGAGUGUGAUGCUGUCACCAUGCUGUUCAGAUCUGAGAGGGGUCGGUUUCUGUUUCAGCUGACUGAACCUCUGGGUGUCACACACUGUUUGUCUACUGGAGUUUCAUUUUAAUAAUACAGUUUUCUCUUGAGGUGACAAAAAUAUCCAAACCAAAUAGCUGUUGUCUUUUCUUCCUUUUGUCCGUUUGUCAGGACACAGUAGUGUUUAUUAGUAUAAAAGUAUUAAAUAAAAAACUACUGUAUCAAUAGUAAUCGAAUUUUGAUGAAAAUGUAGCUGUAAAAUAACUUUUGGACUUUCAAAAUGACUGUAAAUUAA